CAACGCAACUCACUAUAGCAACGCAACUCACUAUAGCAACGCAAUUCACUAUAGCAACGCAAUCUCACUAUAGCAACGCAACUCACUAUAGCAACGCAACUCACUUCACCAGUGGGGGGAUCGGACAGCUUCUCUGUGGAAGCCCAGAGUCGCUCUUGUAAAUACGCUGGAUUCGCGCGUUUGUCUUUUACAGUUUUGCUUGUUUGAAGUUUGAAUUAUUACUUGACUGUACUUUUAUGUAAUUCCCUAGUUGCCUACGGAAACAGAAAAGCAAAAUGUGUAAUAAAACCUGUCGAACAAAUUGAUUUGGGUUCAAAUAAAAUACAUGUAAUUGCUUUAUAUUAUGCUGUAUUUGUGUAUGGAAUAGUAUUUUGCUGUAAUGGAAAGCACUUGAGAGCAGCGUGCUGUGGACCGCCCCUGUAUCCUGCUCUGAAGGACACGCACUCUCUCCCUGGCGCUCAGGAUGCUGAGGCCCGGCACCGAGCCGCGGUUCUGCUCCACGAUGAGGGCGACGGGGCACGACUGGGGUGACAGCGACAAGUUCCAGCAGUACGGCUGGCGCUGCACCAAGAAAGAGGACGCCUGCUCCACACGCACCCUGAUCGGCAACUGGAACGAGGAGCAGCACGAUCUCCACAGCCUGGCGCAGCGCAAACCCCUGCCUUCACAGUACUCACAUUAUUUUGGCACAACAUAUUCUGCAUCUUAUGACAAGGGAAGAAAAGAGCCGGCUAUCAGAGAGUUUAAAAAAGAAGCGCAUUCCUUCCCUGGGCACCAGCCGGAGCUGCAGCCACCUCACCUCCCGAACUCCUGCUACCGGCUGGACUACACUGAUCCCGGGGUUACAAACACAGCGGCGCGGAGAGAGAGGGAGCAGGAGAGAGCGCCGGGAGCACCCCAAACCUAACCCUGCUCUGGUAUAAUUGUGUGAGCUCUCAUCUAUCGAGCGCCAAGGGGGACGAGGGGAAGGGAGAUGGGGGGGACUGUGCAGCUUGUCUCUUAGCUCAUGUCAUGACGCUAAGAUAAAACAAGGACACUUCUUUAAACAAUGAGACGGAUCUCUUUUGUAAAAGCGUUUUCCCUGUUUAAUACAUUGCAUUCCUGUGGAAGCACAUUCAAAUAUAACCCUUUUUGUUUGGUUUUAAUAAAGUCUCCAUUGAGGUGCAUGUGCAGGAAAGCCUUGUGUUUUUAAAUUGAAAACUAAUCAGGAUUCUUUAACAUACUAAACGAGGAAGCAAUGAGCAUCCUGUCUGUGUCACAGUCCAGACCGCAUGGUGUACAAAUAAUCACACAACACCUGUCACCUUAGAAGAGCUUUACUACACAUUGAAGAAACCACCGUGUUAAUUGCAUUACAGCGCUGGCCACUAUGGCUUGUCAGGAAUGUAUGGUUAUGCAGCAACAACACAAAAAUAAAAACAGUGGAAGCAAAAACUGAGACCAGAUUUCAAGCUCUACCCCGUCACCCUGAACCUCUCCACCCGAACACAGCCUGGCACCGAAGGUCCACUCGCUUCAUAUCUAAUGAGUCUGUUCAA